GUUUUUGUUGGUUUCAUAUUUAAAAACCACACACGACAGCAGGAAUAUCAGCAUUAAAUUCAUGGCAAACUGUUUGUGUUUAUUUAAAUUGGCCUGUAAAAAGUCUGGAAACGGGACAACCCUGAUACAUGCUGGCCAUGCAUGUGAACACUGUUCGCUGUGUGUGAGGAAAUACCUGUGUUUUAAUUGCUAAAGUUAAAGAAAUUAACGCCUAAAUAAACGGCAUUUACUCCCGCGCGACAUGGCCUCGGUUGCGUAGCAACCAGGUGUCAACUUCCUUUCUCCCCCCCCCCCGGAAUGUACCGCUUACAGUUCGGUCAUUAUAGGCUAAUAAAAGUCACACAGAAGAUCCGCUAUGGGGGUACAGUAUGCGGGCUAUUUCAGGAGUUGGUCUUCUGUGUCAUUCGUGAAGCAGAGCAAGUAGUCGGCUACAGGUUAGCUCAGGAGUUUGCCUCGCCUAUUUUCACAGCUUGAGUGAACUGAACAGCAUCUUGAGCAGCUGCUAGCUACCUUAGCUACCUGUGCUUCUGGAAACAACAACAUGGGCAAGAAGCCGAAAAAGGAGAGCGAGGCCCCGCGCAAGGAAGGGUUUGAACCACUGUCUCUGGAGAGUAAAACCCCAGCAACGGUGGUGUUGCUCUUAAACUCCCAGGAGGAAGACAUUCUAGUAAAAGCGUGUGAAGCAAUCCACACAUUUGCAGAGAAAGGAGAUGAGAACAGAGUUUCCCUGCUGGGACUAGGAGCUGUGGAGCCUCUCUGCAGGCUCAUUGCUCACAGCAACAGACUGGUCAGACGUAAUGCCUUCAUGGCCCUGGGUAUUAUGGCCACCAAUGGUGACGUUAACAACGUUCUGAAAAAAGCGGAUGCCAUUCCAUCGAUGAUACAAAACCUCACACCCGAAGAGGAUGCGGUCGUCCAGGAGUUUGCGACGCUGUGCCUCGCCUCUCUGUCAGCGGAUUUCACCUGCAGAGUCCAGAUCUACGCCAACAACGGCAUGCCGCCCGUAAUCAGACUCCUGACCAGCUCGGACCCAGAUGUCACGAAGAACUCACUGGAGAUCAUCUUCAACCUAGUUCAGGACUACAAAUGCCUGCAGGCGGUCCACGAGUUAGGUGGGAUCCCCUCCCUGCUGGAGCUGCUUAAGUCGGACUUUCCUGUCAUCCAGCGUUUGGCUUUGAAGACGCUACAGUGUGUCACUUCUGAUAAGGAGACGCGGGAGACCUUCAGGGAGGAGCAGGGAUUUGAGAAGCUCAUGGAUAUUCUCAGUAAUAUGGAUCUUGCCGACCUACACGGCGAGGCCUUACAUAUCGUGGCCAACUGUUUGAGGGACGGCGAGACUCUUCAGCUCAUCCACAACGACGGGGGGCUCGCAAGGCUGAUGGACUUUGUCCUCGCACCCAGCACCCCCGCGAUCCAGUCCACUGCGGUCCAGUGCCUCUCCAGGGUAGCUCAGAGCUGUGACGCUGACGUUUGGCGCGUAGGUGAGGGCCGCAGCGUCCUCCACGAGCAGGAGGUGGAGAAGGCUCUGGUGGAGCUCCUGUCUGCGGCCGACGACGACGUGAAAGCCUCUGCCUGUCAAGCUGUGGCCGCCAUGAGCUUCCACCCAGCCAGCAAAGACAGCUUCAGAGACUGGGGCGGUCUCCCUGCAGUGGCGCAGCUGCUGAAUGGCGAGAGCUCGGCGCUGAGAGAAGCGGCGACCCAGGCUCUCUCGAGCCUCACGCACGGCAGCCAGGCCAACGCACUUGCGGCGUAUGAGGCGGGGGCCCACGAGGUCCUCAUCCAGCAGCUGUGUGGAAGCUCUGCGAGGACGGUCGCCAACUCUGCCGCCGCUCUUUGCAACAUGGCGGAACAGGAGAUCAUCCAGUCCAGCAUCCUGUCCCACGGAGGCAUAGAGGCUCUGGUAGAACCCUUGAGGUCCAACGACGCACAGGUCCUGAUCAACACUACGCUGUGCGUGGCAGUGCUGGCCUGUGACAACGAAGCAAGGGCAAAGUUUCACAAAGCUGGAGGCCUUGAACCGCUCGUCGCCCUGCUGCACUCCAAUGACAAGGAGGUGCUGCAAAAUGCAUGCUUCGCGGUGGAUGUUUGCGCCGGGGAAACGUCCUGUGCUGUGGAGAUGUGCAGACUUGGGGCUCUUCAAAUACUUCAGCAAAUCAACGAGUCGGGGAACCGUAGAACCAGUUUCAGCGAGUUGGCCAUGACCAGCCUGCUCAACACCAACCUGCCUGUUAAAUACAGCCUGACGGGACAUUUGGCUUCCACUGAUAUUAUUACAAGUGGCUUCUAUGAUGCUGGGAAGGUUUGUUUGGGUCAGACGGUCCUGACUUUGGAGGAGCUGUCCAAGCAGCCAGUCAACCAGAACCGGGCCAUUAUUGUUGUCGACAUCGCAACAGAAGAGACAGUAGAUCUACCAGAAGAUACACCACCCAGCCUCUCAGAAGCAGAACUUGGCAUCAAGAGAGGGGGAAAAUCGACACCAAAAAAGAAAAAGGAGAAGGAAAAACAAUAUGAAGAGGCCCAAGAGUCUCCACCAGAGAAACAACAGAACAUGGAUGGACACAAGGAGGAUGUCUACCUGCAGAUGCUAAUCAGAGAGGCCAAAGAGUCCGUCCUUCCACUGAAAGAUGAACAAGAGCAGUAUGCUGCCUUGGCCAGGUUGGUGAGCAAAGCCAUGGGUGGAGUGGUGGCUGCAGAGAAGCUGCACCAGUUCCAGUGGGUGCUGCACCACAGUGAGCUCAAGUUUCAGCUCAAGUCUAAUGUCAUUCCCAUUGGUUUGAUAAACAAGGGGAUCUACUGCCACAGAGCACUUCUCUUCAAGUGUCUUGCCGACUGCAUCGAAAAGAGCUGCACUCUUGUUCGUGGCGAGUACAACCGGGCCUGGAACGAAGUGGUCCUCUUCGGCGAGGACCCCGACAAUCAAAGGUCUCCGCAGCCACGCCGCUACAUAGUGGACCUCAUGCAUCAGCCUGGAACCUUACUGCCAGUCGACACCCCGGCUGCUGCGCUGUAUCAGACCAUAUAGUUUCAUUUGAAACGAAUCCGCUCUGUAUGACUUACUUUUGCAACAUUAAAUAUGCGUUUGCUGGGUGAGAAAACCUAAUCUCAA